AUCACCUAGGUGUGAUAAGGUCGUCUUGAUACUGGUAACAACGUGAUCUUCAAACCUGACUGAUAAAAUAGUUCAUUUGAAAAACUACGUUUGACACAACUUAUUCGUCAUUGUUUUCCGCUCCUCGAACAACUUAAAUUCUUCAAGCAAAAUGAAACGCCUUUUGGUGGUUGUUCUCGUUGCAGUUAUUCUAGCGGCUGGAUUAGUGGAUGAAAUAGAUGCUAAACUUGCUUCUUCUAAACAUCGCCAUGUAGCUCCUCCACCAUCACAUAUAAGAAGUGCAAGAGAUUCUGCAGGACAUCGUCAUGUAGCUCCUCCUCCCCCAGCACAUGUUAUGAAUAAAAGAAGCUCGAGGGAUGCUGCAGGACAUCGUCAUGUAGCUCCUCCUCCAGCACAUGUUAUAAAUAAAAGAAGCUCGAGGGGUGCAUUCAGAAAUCGUAAUCUGGCUCAUCCUCCUCCACCUUCGUCAAAUUGAAGAUACAUGCAGAUCUUACUUUGGAGAUGAUGAUUGUCGGUAUUGAGAUGAGUUAUGGAAUACUUCACUUGGAUGGACCUAACAUGUUCUAUGUCAUAUAACCACCAGAACUUCGGAUUAUAUCUAUAAAAAAAAUCAGUUGUACAAUGUUCCACACUUGUAAUAUAGCAUGAUGAUAUUUUCUUUAAUUUGAAAAUUAUUGUUUUCAUUCAUGUUCUGAAUGAAACUUAAUCGAUCUGGCAUGUAUUUGCAUGAAAAUCAAUAAACAUUAAAAUUUGGAGCAAUACUAUUUCAUCAAUAUAUUCAUGUCGAUGAGAAUAUAUAGUUCCUGAUAUUUUUCAACCUCCCUCAGGGAUAAAGCGUACAUGAACAAAAAAAAUACUUUCUGCGUUAAAGUUAUUAUCACCGAGGAAGAAAAGGUCCCUGGAAAUUUGAAGGAGAUAAAUUCCAAUUGGCAACGCUGCAUCUAAUCACAGGUUAAUAACGUCAAAGUCAAUGCUUGUUAUAUGAAAUUGCGUAUAAAAAUGUAGUAUUAUAAAUUUUCCCAUCAGGGAGGUCAAAUAUUAUGCUUGAUAUAAAUUUUUCCCGUAAAUCAGGAUGAUCGUGACCGUAAUUUUGUUAGCUUUUAUUUUUCUUUGUAUUAUUUUGAUGUAAUUUUAACUAGUAUUUCAUAGCAUCAUGUUAAACAAAAACUAUAGAGAUUACCAAAAGGCAUUUCGAAUUGUGGUGUUUUACCACAAUUCUCGAGCAUCUUAAAAGAAAUGAUAUACCUAUAGUAAAUACAUAUAAAACUUUCAGAAAGCAAA